AUGUUUUUAUUAAAAUUAAAUAAAAUAUAUUUAUUUAUUAAUUAUUUAGUUAUUCAAUUUUUGUUUUUUGUUUCAUCAGAUAUAAAUACUCCACCAGAAUUGGAAUGUUUGGAAACUGGAAUGAGACUUCAUUUUAUUCCAAAUUUAGAAGAAGGAGGGGGGGAAGAGGAAGGAGGAGGGGAAGAAUCUUCUUCUUUACCUUUUAGUGGGCAUGUUUAUUUACGAGGAUUUUUCUUUUCAAGUCAUUGCCAUGUUGAUUAUAGUAAACAACCAAUUAACCAACCAUUUUAUUUACAUAUUCCAUAUAAAAGUGAUUGCCAAAUUAAAAGAGAAAGAAAAUUAUUAUUAAAUAAUACUCGAGAAAAUGAAGAAAAUAAUUCUGGAAUUACUUAUAGUACUGUUGUAAUUGUUCAACAUCACCAUCUUUUUGUAACUAAUCGAGACAAAGCAUAUAGUGUUACUUAUGCCCCUUUAUGUCAAUAUGAAGUACUUAGAUUAUUAAAUGGAAAUAAUGAAUCUUUAGAUAAAGAAGAAUCUGUUCGUUUUGCAAAUAUUGGAGAACAAUUAACACAUAAAUGGAGUUGUGAAAGUGAGGAAUUGGGUAUGUUAGUGCAUUCUUGUACUGUUAGAGAUGGAAAUGGACAUAGUUUUCAAUUAAUAGACCAACGUGGUUGUGUAACAGAUAAUUCAUUAAUGCCCUCAUUAAUUUAUUCUUCUCAAUUAAAUUCUUCUUUUACUUUAAUUAAUGCUUUUAAAUUUGCUGAUCAAAUGUCUAUAUUUUUUCGUUGCCAAAUAACUUUAUGUGAUAAAAGACAAAAUGGAUGCGAAGGAAUUACUCCUCCUUCCUGUCAAUUUAUUCCUUUACCUUCAAAUGGGGGCCCUCCUCUUCCAAUUAUUGAAUCUUCUCGUGAUACUCAAAAUCAAAAUAUUUUAAUUAAAUAUAAAAAUCAACAAAAUAACAAAAUAUUACCAUUAAUUAAAUGUUGUAAAUUAAAUGAAGAAAAUGGUUUAUGGAUUCCUUUAAUUAAUAUUGGAAAUGGGAGGAAAGAAAGGAAUAAAAGGAAUUUAGAAACAAAAAAUAAAAGAGAAGAAAAUAAACAGAAAAUUGGUUAG